AUGGCCGAGUUGAUUCUCUGCAGCCUGACUGCUACAGGGUCUAAGACCAAGCAGCAUGACCGGCUUUUUAUUUCCCCUGCUAGUAUGAGCUCGCCUUUCGGGCGACAACAACCUUGCUUGUCGCUCAUCAUCGGUGGAAUAGUUGCACCCUGCGGUGUCUUGUCUGAUCAUUCUGCGCCUCUGCGAAAGCGCAAUAGCUCCGAGGACCGUAUCCCCAAAGGCUGA